CUGCGGUGGCAGUGGCGGCGGCGGCAGAGGCGGCGGCGGCGGCGGUAGCAGCGGCAUUGAGGGGUUCAGCUGGCGAGAACUAUUGUCAUGGACCAUAUCACGGUACCCAAGGUAGAAAACGUGAAGUUAUUGGAUCGUUAUGUGGGUAAGAAACCAGCUAAUGGAAUUCUGUAUCUUACUGCAACCCACCUGAUCUAUGUGGAGGCUUCUGCUGCAGCCAGGAAGGAAACAUGGAUUGCACUCCAUCACAUUGCCACUGUGGAGAAGUUGCCCAUCACUAGCAUGGGCUGUCCUCUGAUCCUCCGCUGUAAGAAUUUCCGGGUGGCCCACUUUGUUUUAGACUCUGAUCUUGUGUGUGAGGAGGUUUAUAUUUCACUGCUCAAGCUUUCUCAGCCAGUAUUACCUGAAGAUCUUUAUGCUUUCUCUUAUAAUCCCAAAUCCUCAAAAGAGAUGAGGGAAAAUGGAUGGAAACUGAUUGACCCAAUAUCAGAUUUUGAACGAAUGGGAGUACCCAACCGGUAUUGGACCAUAACAGAUGCCAAUAGAAACUAUGAGAUAUGCAGUACCUACCCUCCUGAAAUAGUGGUUCCUAAAUCUGUUACCUUGGGAACGGUGGUUGGAAGUUCAAAGUUCAGAAGUAAAGAACGUGUCCCUGUACUCUCCUACCUCUACAAAGAGAACAAUGCUGCCAUUUGCCGCUGUAGCCAGCCUCUGUCUGGAUUUUACACUCGCUGUGUAGAUGAUGAGCUGUUACUAGAGGCCAUUAGCCAAACAAACCCUGGGAGCCAGUUUAUGUAUGUUGUAGAUACAAGACCAAAGCUGAAUGCCAUGGCCAACCGAGCAGCUGGUAAAGGGUAUGAAAAUGAAGACAACUAUACCAACAUUCGCUUCAGGUUCAUGGGCAUUGAGAACAUUCAUGUGAUGCGGAGCAGCCUGCAGAAACUCUUGGAAGUUUGUGAAUUGAAAACUCCAACAAUGAGUGAAUUUCUUUGCGGCCUGGAGAGCUCAGGGUGGUUGAGACACAUUAAAGCUAUUAUGGAUGCUGGAAUUUUCAUUACAAAGGCAGUAAAGGUAGAAAAAGCCAAUGUCUUAGUCCAUUGUUCCGAUGGGUGGGACCGCACAGCACAAGUAUGCUCAGUGGCCAGCAUUCUUCUAGAUCCAUUUUAUAGGACAUUCAAAGGACUCAUGGUAAGAGAGCAAAUCCUAAUAGAGAAGGAAUGGAUAUCUAUGGGCCACAAAUUUUCCCAAAGGUGUGGCCACCUGGAUGGGGACUCUAAAGAAGUGUCCCCUAUCUUCACCCAGUUCCUAGACUGUAUUUGGCAAUUAAUGGAACAGUUUCCCUGUGCCUUUGAGUUUAAUGAAAACUUUCUGUUGGAGAUCCAUGACCAUGUUUUCUCCUGCCAAUUUGGAAACUUUCUUGGAAACUGCCAAAAGGAUCGGGAAGAUCUAAGAGUUUAUGAGAAAACACAUUCCGUGUGGCCUUUCUUGGUUCAGAGGAAACCAGACUUCAGGAACCCUCUCUAUAAAGGUUUCACUGUAUAUGGGGUGCUCAAUCCUAGUACCGUGCCCUACAACAUUCAGUUCUGGUGUGGGAUGUAUAACCGCUUUGACAAAGGCCUACAGCCCAAACAGAGUAUGCUAGAAAGCCUCCUGGAAAUUAAGAAACAGAGAGCAAUGCUCGAAGCAGAUGUGUAUGAACUAGAAAAGAAACUGAAAACCCGUGAUGAGACACCCGAAGAAGUCUGUACCUGCUCUCAAUUAGGGAAUUUAUUGUGCCAGCAUCUAGGAAGUCCUUUGGCCAAUCCUCUGGGCUUUAUGGGUAUUGAUGGAGACCUAAAUACACUGAUGGAGAAUGGCACCCUGUCCAGGGAAGGAGGCCUCCGAGCUCAGAUGGAUCAAGCAAAAAGCCAAUGUGCAGACCUCCGCCAUGACUGUUGUGGGAUCAUAGGCAGCCUUAGGGCCAUAAAUAUCUCUGGAAAUGUGCACAUCUCUGGAGAUAUAGGCAUCUCUGCAGCCCCAGGCAUCUCUGGUGACAUGGGCAUCUUUGGGGCUGUGGGCUUCUCUGGUGACAUGGGCAUCUCUGAGGUCACUGGCAUCCCUGGAAAAAUGGAUAUUUCUGAGGCCAGGGGCUUCUCUGGAGGCAUGGGUUUCUCUGAUGGCAUGGGCAUCAUGGAAGACUUGGACAUCUCUGAAGACACAGGUAUCUUGAAGGCCAGCACCAAGGAAUCAGGCUGCUCUAAGAAACAGUGAUCUAACUACUCAUAUGCUUCUCUGCUAGGGGCACCAGUAGCAGCCACAAUGAUCUUUGUUCCAUACAGGGCUAUGCUGCUUUUCUGGUUGGUUUAAAUGGGUGACAGACCAGGGCACCCCUCUUCCUACUUAGGAGUCUGGAAAAGGACUUAGGGUCUUUACUAAUUAAAUGAUCACUAUACAUCUGUUAAGCAGUCCAGAAUGUAGGCAAGAGAAAAUUAUGUUAUUGUUCUAAAAUGGGAUUUGACUGUAGAAACAUUUCCCUUUAGCUGUUUAUUAGGCUGGUUCUGCUAUUUUCCUUAAUAAUCAGCCUCCCUUUUUUUUCCAUCCUUACUGUGCUAACCUGAGCAAAGUGGAAAUAUUGUCACAGUGGAAAAUUACAAUCCAGUUGAAGGGAUAGAGAGAUGGUAUGCAAUAGGUAACUGUGAAUUACAGAAUGCUGUAAAAGAAAAUGUACUCUCAGAUAUGCCUAGUCAAGCAAUGUUAGCUAACAUUGCCAAUAGAGACCCCAACAUUUGCGUGAUACAUAGAUCAAAAUGAUCCUUAAUUGUUAGCAUGAGUGCAUGGGUGCUUGGAGGUUUAAAAUAUAUAAAGACAGUUUUCAUAAGUUGCAAUAGUUGCUCUCCCCAGCCCACACCCCACUUGGUCUUGUUAUUUUGUAGAUAUCCCGUAGGUUAAUUUAAAUCUAUUACAGGGUAAAAUGAUCAAUUACAAAUAUUGUUUAAUAGCAUUCUCAGCAUCAGCUCAGGAAGCAACUGAUAAUCUGAGUGUUCUAUCCCUGACUGAGACAUGAUCUGUAUGCUUAUUGGAUUUUUGUUAAACAGUCCCCUUCUUAGUUUUUUUUUUUUAAAUAAAGACCAGUGGUUUUGCUUAUAUAGACAUUACAUGACAUUUAUAGACUUUUGGAUACAAUCAGCACUACUUUUAAAAUCUCAUAGGUUUCUCACCUUGUGCUAAUGUACAUUUUUUAAGUCUAUUUUUAGAGCUGGUCCACAUACUCCCAGGCAAAUGGGUAUAUUCUUAUUGUCUAAACACAAGAUCAUCCACUUGGAGUUGGUAUAUUUACUGGGUUUUCAUCUUUCCUGUUGAAUAUUCAGUCACUCCCACGUGCUAGGAGUAGAUAGGGUAGGCCUUAGGCAGUAUUUUUUUUUAAAUUUUAGUUGUCAAUGAGCCUUUAUUUUAUUUAUUUACAUUCGGUGCUGAGAAUGGAACCCAGUGCCUCACAUGCGCAAGCACUCUACCACUGGGCCUCAGGCAAUUUUGACCAUGCUGUACAUAUUGUCAGUAUUUCCAGAACUACCAAGGCCAACAGAAUCCAGGUCUUUAACCACAAUGUUUAUUCCAAAUACUCCAUAUGUGGUUUCAGCUCAAAAAUUGAACCUGUUGUAUUCCAUUUGUGAAUACAUAAAGUAUCUAAAGGGUCACAUUAUUAGGUGCUUUUCUCUGAAAGAAAGAGGUGCCUUUCAAUUUAGAUAUGUGAUUUAACAGCAGAAGAGAGCCUCCAGGGUAGCUCCUUGAUUUCUUACCCACAGCUAUUCGAUGAACCCAAAAUAACCUUCCUUUAUAGAGGAAAAAAUUCUAAAUCAUUUUGGUUGUCUUUUCAUAUUUUAAAUGGGAGUCAUUUUUCUAUUUACCUCCUCUUGGUAGCUGUUUUAAUUCUGUGUUUUUAAAGAACGCUACUUUGUGUCUUUUCCACUCAUAAAUAGGGACCAUUUUUCUAUUUACCUCUUCUUGAUGGUUGCCUUGAUCCUAUAAUUUUAAAGCAUCAAGAUGAUCUCCUAUUGUAUAUUCUCUGAUCCCUUCUAUAAUUUCAUCUUCAGCUUAUACAACCUUAAUUAUCAGAUGUUGCCAGCUGUCAUUUGAUUUUUUACUUCUGGGAAAAAUCGUAUUUAUGUAUAUUGGUUUGAUGUGGAAGCUACCUCUAACCCUGGUUUUGUGAAGGAAGUUAUCAAAAAGGAUGACAGUACCAGUCUGUCACAAGUGAGGCUAUUCCAGGUCUUGCUUUACACCCAGGGCUUUCUCCCUUAUCUCAACCUGAAUUUUUAGUGCAUUAACUAGAAUGACACACCAGCUAUAGCUUGUUGAGGGUUUUGAGGGGGCAAAGGAAAAAGGAAAAUGGCAAUAUGUAGUUUUUACAAAUCCUUUCAAAAGCUAUUUUAUGAUCUCAGCCUUAUUUUCAAAGACCUGUGAAAGGUAUUACCCAACCUAAUUUAUUGGAUCCAAAAUAAAGUUAUUCAAUAGUGAAAAGGUUUUUUUCAAUACAGCUUUAUACUCAGAAUUGAUAAAUAGCAGGUCUGAUAUUUCCAAAAGCAAAAACAAAGAUUUUACAAAGACUGUGUUUUUUUGUUGUUGUUGUUGUUUUUUUUUUUACUAUCUAAGUACAUUGAAGCAAUUUCAGCCUCAAGAUCUGUGAAGUCAAUUUGUUUUAUCUUUUGGUUGUUUGUGUUUCCUAACAUAUCCCAUUAUUGCUUAUAUAUAAUCAGAACCUUGUGAAAAUUCUAUAUUUUUUUCUCAUCACCAAACAUUUCCCUUGUUUUACAAUUGGAUUUGAAAAUCUGAGAGAAAAAUGUUUAGUGGAAUCCAAACACUGAUUUGCUGGUAAAAUCCCAGUAGCUAUCACUACUCAGGAGCCCAGGAAUAAAGUAGAAAUUCCUGAAGGAAAUUGCCAAGGCUACUAGAAAAGAUGAUCUAUUAAUGGCUUCCAUUUCAUAUUCUCAUACAGCACCUAUACUGAAAAAGAAACGUGACCCCUUCCCCCACUAUCUUACCCUUCCAAUUACCAAGCAGAAAUUCCAUUCCCAUAUGACUUCCCUACUUAAAUAGGAAGGCAUUUAACCACCUGCCACUGUCUCAUCCACUAAUCUGACCUCUGCUUCUUUCCCAUACAAGCUUUAUAUAGGCCUAAGGUCACUGCUUAUCUUUUCUAAUUAUGAGUUAGUCUCAGUUCCUGUGCUGCUAGCCAUGCUCAGGUUCUGCAUGAACACCAUUUUUAAAAAAUCAUUAAUUCUUUACUUAGUUAAUGACAUGAUAUCUUUAUCACAGAAUAAAUACAGUAAUUCUAAGUAGCAGCUAACAGCUGUAUUAAAGAAGAAAUUCAGGAAUAGGGUCCACUAUAUGAAGGAAAACCCAAAACUGUCUAGAACUAACAGCAAGAAACUGUCUAGAACUAACGGCACAUGUAUCUUUGGAAUGUCACCUUAGAAAUUGCAUUCAUUUAUCACCAAGUCAGUUGCCAUUGCCUGCCAACAUGCAUGGACCACCUUUUUCUGGGACACAACUUACACGUCACAUGAAGUGAGUCCUUUCUCAAACAUUUCCAUCUAAAAGGGAUACAAGUGUUUUUUAAAGGUGCUUUUCAUAAUAUUUGAGCUUGGCCUGGAUUUAGCUGAAAGAGAUGUUUAAUAACCAAGGAUACUCAUGUCAGAUCUUUGUUACAUACUGAAUUUUAUUAAACACACAUGUUUCUUAAUAUUCUUAGGUUUUCAUAUGCCAUUUGAGAAUCUUUCUAUGAGUAUUUUAUAAAGUGGCCUUUUUUUCAGUUAUGUAGGAAAAUGUAAAUUACCUUUAAGAAAAUUACUUCCCUCAAAAGGGGCAUAUUACCAUGUUCUACAUUAGUUUAUACUUAGAAAGAUUGGUCUUUCUUUCUCCCAGUGAUUUAAUGUCCACACCAAAUCUUUCCCCCAACCUCAGACCUCUUCUUCCCAGAAUUCUAUGGAUGAUAUGAGCUGAUAUGAUUUCAACCCAAAUCUGGUUGCCUUCUUCUAAUUGCCAAACCUAGAACUGACUUUUGAUAUAAACAUUUUAAAACAAAAUAGACAUGGCUUAAGCCUUAAGUUUUUUUCCUAUGGAAUUAUCUUUUUAUAUGAUAUGAAGAAAUGGAUGACCUGACAGAAGACACCAACAUACAAAGGACAAGGGGAAGGAUUUGGGAUCAUAAAGGAGUUUUCUAUUAUCCUAUUAAAGGUAAUUCGGUUUUUGAAGUAUUUGAUGGCAACACAGAAGCCUUUCCAAGGGAGAAAAACUACUUUUCUAGCCCUAUAAAAGAUGUCUUCUCAGAUUCUCCAGCUGUGGAACUGACAGUUUGGGCCUUCUCCUUAAAUAGGAAGUAUUGGUAUUGUCACCACUCAUGGUAGCCACAUCUCCUUUAGAUGUCAAUGCAAGUAAAAUGUGUUACAUGAUCUGUGAUUUGUGACAUGAAUUCACAAAACACAAACGUGUUUUGAAGGAAGCUGUCUAAUUUAGGCAUACAUGUCUUACAGGGGCUGAACAAAUCAUGUUCAGAUAUUGGCUGUGCAAAACCAGUAGCUUCCCUGUUAAGUCCACUGCCCUGUCCCUCUUCUUUUCUUUUUUCUUUUUUUUUGGGGGGGGGGUGGUGCCAGGGAUUGAACCCAGGACCUUGUGCACACAAGGCAAGCAUUCUACCCACUGAGCUAUAUCUCCAGGCCCUGCCCUGUCCCUCAAUGUUUUCUGAAGCUUUGAGAAUGAACUAGAAGCUAUUUCUCUUCCAGUGUUGUCUUUCAGCCAUUUUUAUGACUAUGUACUCUUUUUAGAGGACCCUACACCAGUCAUCACAGAAUCUGUUAUGGGGAAACUUGUUGGGAGAGAAGAGAGGAUCAUACAGAAAUACAAUUGGCCAGUUAAAAUUUUGUGUGCUCCUUAAAAUAAUAUUAUUUGCAAUCAGGUCCCAAAAUGGUCUUUUCCAGGAAGUACUGUGACUGAUAUAUUUUCUUUUAAGACUAUCUUUUACACCAGUAGAAAUUCAAGAAUGCUAUGAAUAGUGUGUUUUUGUCAGUAGUUUUCUAUACUGCAGGAUGUGGCCCUGGGUUUUCUUUUCUUUUAGAGAGUCAAGGAUGGUGGGUGGCAUUUUCUUCCUUAAAAUGUCCACAAAGCAGAUUAUUUCUAAGCCUCUUGUUUGCUUCUGUAGCUAAACGUAUCUUUGGACCCAUUACAGGUCAGGUAAGAAUACGUACACCAAAUUCACUAGAUGAUCACUGUUCAAAGACCCAUAUCUCUAGUCACAUCUCACAGGUAAUUGCCCAUGCCAGUUCAUACAUAAAGUAUCUGCAAGUGUCCACCUCACUCAUACUUGCAAACACGGUGAUUUGCAUUUUUGUGUGUACUAAUGGGAAUGCAGAGAACAUAUCCUAGUUCUGAAAUAUAGAAUGUUCUGUAUUCUAGUUUAACGGUGCCUCAGGCUUACAAAUAACUAACAAGUUCAGUCCUUUUGGAAUGUAACUCACAGUAUGACUAUUUGUAUAUGUAUGUGUUUACUGUAACUUUAGUAGCAUCUGGUCUCAUAGGUCAUUUGGACGUUCAGAUGAAGAAAAUUUGUACAAGAAUUAAAAAAAAAAACUUAGUGCUAAACUUCUAACUUUUAUAUUGUCCAGCAAAAUGUCACGAGGACUCAUAUAUGUCAAACCAGAGAUACAAACCAAAGUGAAGCAACUGGACUUCUCUCUGGGAUGUAUAUAUCAGGCAGCUUUAGGAGUAGGAUUCAUAUAUAUGACCAGUUUAAUCCAUAGCAUGUUAAUGUCAGCUGCAUACCUGUGUGGACAUGAUACAACUGAAGUAUAAUUCAGAAAUCUGUGUAGGUUCUUUGAGGAGUUGACUUUUCAUUAGCUUCAAAUUUAUAGAAUGAGUCACAUCAGCUCAAAUUUGAAUAUUCCAAGAUAUAGUAGUGUAUAUGUUGUGUGUUAUCCUGAGUUGUCAUACAGCUGGAAUAUGGAUGUGUGAACUAGUCAGAAGGUUCACUGCUAAUUUUUUUGUCCAGUGCCAGAGUUAAUUGGCCCCCUUCUGCAGUUGUGUUCCAGUUUCAAAAUGUUUGAUUUGUUGAUAUUUUCAUCCAAAAUUAAAAACCGUCAAUCUUUUGUGUGUGAGAAGUUGAUGUA